ACUUCCGGAGGUGCGAGAGUCACGUGGCGACGGUCAGGCGAGAGUGCCGCGACGCACGUCCUCUGCGACGGAACUACGAGUCCCGACGUGCUGCGCGCGGCAUGCAGAAGCUUCACUGAGCGGGCACUGGAGGUCGCGAGCACGUUGCUAGUGGGCGCGGCUGGCGGGGCCGGGGGCGGUAGGGGGCUAGCGUCCGGCUGAGCACCGCGGGUUCCUGCACGCGGACCCACGCUCUGUCGGGCUGCUCUGCUGAGUGACACCGCCGUGGCAUCCGAGGAGCUGUGGUCCAGCCUGCGCGGCGGGAAGCGGCGGCGGCGGCGGCUCCAGCGUCCUAAGAGGUAGCAUGGGCCCCAGGCCUCUGUGGGGCAGCGGGAGGGGUCUAGAGGGCACCUUCAACCCUGGGCGUGUGUCCGGGAGCUGACUCGCGGCGCGAACCCGGCAACUGCUCCGCGUGCGCCGCUCUUCGGGCUGUGGCAGUGUACGACUGCCGGACUGGGGUCGUCCACACUCGCCGACCCCACAGACCCCGGCGGCCGAGAGAGGACCCCCGCCCUUCCGGGUCGAGCCAGUGUCCUGGCAAAUCUUGCUUUGGGACUGUUUUUCAGCCUCCCCUGCUGUAACCCUUCACCGUGUUCUCUUCCCUUCUUCCGAAGCCAGUUGAAGAGGGGCCCGGAAGCGCCCGCGUUCGGAAUGGUUUUUAAAAUUAGCAAUUUCUUAUUAGGGACUGGCAGACUGGUCCUUACCGCCGUAUUUGGGAAGCUACAAGAGGCCAUUCUUACCUGUUAGAUUCUGAGAAAAGGGACAGCCUAUACCUCUUCUUGACAAAUACCUAAGGAUGCAUUAGUCUGCGUUGGCUGAACUUGGCAUGGUGUGGUUUGGGGGAGACAACACACUUUUUUUGGCCAUCACCCCAGAUUUCUACUGGGAAGUGAAAGCGCCUACUGUACUGAAACUCGAAAGCUCCAUAGUUGAGGACUUUCAACCUGAGAUCAGGGUCAAAACUACCUGUGGAUAGAUUAUUGAAGCGUGUGCAUAUUAACGUCGUGCGUCAAGUCCCCACCUUCCAAGAUUGUAAAACUGAUCAGAUUUACAAUCCGUCUUGAAUUACUCUUUACCAAAAUUGAUCCAUUUAAAACAGCUUUGAAAAUGUGCUUUACCAGCCUGCCUUCUUGUCAGUAGGCACAGGUAUAUUAAUGAAUAGACCUGGCUUUGGGGAAGGCAGCACUUGCAGCGUCGUGCUUUCCAAUCUAAUCACUUCUAAAUUGUGGGCAUUAGCCCAUUUGAGGUUACAAACUUUGAACCAAGAAUGAGGCCUAUUUUUCACAAAUAAGGAUGACCCAUCAAUUUCUGAUGACUGCUUGUAUUUGUUAUUAUAUGAAAUGAGAAGCUGAAACCUAUCAACACUCUUCAAAAUGCAAUGGAAUGUACCACGGACUGUAUCUCGACUGGCACGCAGGACAUGCUUGGAACCACAUAAUGCUGGUCUCUUUGGACACUGUCAAAAUGUAAAGGGACCUUUGCUUUUAUACAAUGCUGAAUCCAAAGUGGUUUUGGUACAAGGCCCUCAAAAACAGUGGUUGCAUUUAUCUGCUGCCCAGUGUGUUGCAAAGGAAAGGAGGCCAUUGGAUGCUCAUCCACCCCAACCAGGAGUCCUUCGCCAUAAGCAAGGGAAGCAACAUGUUUCAUUCAGGAGGGUUUUUUCAUCCAGUGCCACAGCUCAGGGAACUCCGGAAAAAAAGGAAGAGCCUGAUCCUUUGCAAGACAAAUCUAUUAGUCUUUAUCAACGAUUCAAGAAGACAUUUAGACAGUAUGGAAAAGUUCUGAUUCCAGUGCAUCUAAUAACUUCUGGUGUUUGGUUUGGAACAUUUUAUUAUGCAGCCUUGAAAGGAGUGAAUGUCGUUCCUUUUCUAGAACUCAUUGGGUUACCUGACAGUGUGGUAAGCAUCCUGAAAAACUCCCAGAGUGGAAAUGCCCUCACAGCAUAUGCCUUGUUUAAGAUUGCAACACCUGCUCGGUAUACCGUGACUUUGGGAGGAACAUCUGUCACUGUGAAGUAUCUGCGCAGUCAUGGCUACAUGUCCACGCCGCCACCCGUCAAGGAGUAUCUGCAGGACCGGAUGGAAGAGACAAAGGAGCUUAUCACAGAGAAAAUGGAAGAAACAAAAGAUAGACUCACUGAAAAGUUACAAGAAACCAAAGAAAAAGUUUCCUUUAAGAAAAAAGUGGAAUAAGGUGCCUUAUAUAGCAGUAUAGAAAAUUCCUGCACUUUAACCCUUUGGAAACUAUGGGCAAAGAUACAUGUGUCUGAUUAUUUUUUUGGUUAGUUGCCGAAAUAUACUAGUUCUCUGAGGGUUAAAGAAGUAAAAUACCUUUUUAAAGUUAAAUAUCACUAGAAAAAUCAGUGUUAUUACAAGGGAAGAAAUGAACCCAGUGUAAGAAUUUGCCAUCAGUAGCAGUAUUAAGCAGUGGUUAAUGUCUUAGAAGUCAGACUUCUUUUUCAAGGUCUUCAGAACCACACUUGAUUUCUGUUUUGUUGCAGCUGUAAUUGACACACACUAGGCAGCUGACUCCUUGAAUAUCCAGUGUGACCCAUAAAAUAGGCUGUUAAUACCGGAUCUUAAUUUUUAUGUUAUUCAUUAAGAUUUUAACUAUAUUCAGUACGUAAUUUGGAGACAAACUAGCAUCAUCAAAACUGCCUGUAAAUAAGAAGGUGUUUAGUCGUUCUAUAAAAACAGAAUAGAGCAGUUACCUACCAGUUAAAAUAUCUUAUAUGAAGAAAAUAGAAUAAAGAUUCAGUCAUGUAUGUAAAUAAGAUGUAUUGAUUGUACGUAAAUGAAAAAUGGACCCUUUAAAAAUUAUUUUUACCUGAAGCUUGUCGUAAUUUUUUUAAAGCAAAUAUAUAUAUGGUGAUGGUACUUUUCAAAGUGUGUAUUGGUGGUGAUCACCUCAAACAUAAACCUCUGUUGUGAAUCAUUUGUGUCCUUUUCAAAAUCAUUAAACCUUAAAUUCAUUGUUAAAAUCAAA